CUGUCAAGUUAGACAUUAUUUCAAACAAGCAGCAAUGAUGCUUGCCAAAUACAUGAUUUAUUAUGAAAUUCUUUGUAAACAGUGAAGGUUCAAAGUUUUGUGAACUUCCAGCGUGUCCACGUCAUUUGUGUAGUGUCAUUCGUGUUUACAUCAACUGUGUCUGGCACUUCACCUUACCAUGCCAAUCACUGCAUAAAGAAGGGAUGGUUACCUGACUGAGGGUAUAUGUAGACACGAAUUUUCACAGCACGAGAGAUGGUCAAAAGUACAGUGGUCAAAGAAAGAUCAGCCUCCAAACACUAAAUUUGUAUGAGAUAGACUGGAGUUGCACAGCGUUAAAAUGCCAGUGGAACUAUGGUUACGCCCAGAACUGUGGGGUCCAACGUCCACUCCGCUCCAACGAACCCCACAGAAAGCAGGCCUUUUUCACCACAGGCUCUACGUGACAUUUAACAGGUUCCUAGUUAUGGAGUGAGAAGUACCAGUCGGAAGACUUGGAUUCCCAGCCAUCAUGAACUGAUCGUAGACACCCUUUUCUGUCAUUAGGAAAUGGGAAAAAGAUGUGAACUGAGGUGUACCUUAAAGGAAAAAGGAGUUGACUACAAAACUGUUACAGUUGCCAGUACUGCCAGAAUGUAAUACACUGGAGUUUAUAUGAACCAGAAACAAACAGCCGGAACAAUUUCUCUGAAAUUACGAUGGAUAUUUCCAAUCAAACAAUGUGAACUUGUUUGUUUGGAAAAAAAAACAACUGCAUCUGUUAUAGUCCAAAUCUUUUGUAAUAAGAAAUGGACAGGUUUCGGGAGUGACGCCCAGUGCUCAGGCAAGCUGAAGCACAGAACAAUGGGACAGUCCUUGCGUAAGGCACGCAGACACAAACAUUACCCAAGGACAUCCCGACUUCCAAGUUUUAUGGACCCAGCAAGUAAGCUGCCAGACUUGACCGAGAUGCCACCUGAACUUGCCUACAUGGUGUUGUCCAACUUGAAUGCAGAAGACCUGUGUUUAGCUAUGUGUGUUAACCAUUUGUGGCGAGAAUUGUCGAGGGAUGAUCUCCUGUGGCAAGGGUUAUGUCGUGGAACAUGGCGCUAUGUGUCAUGUUAUGACAGAGCCAAUGAGCCAGGCUUUUGCUUCAUGGAUCUCUACAUGAAGCUAGAUGAAGGAUCACUCACAUUCAAUGCAGAUGCUGUAAUGGGUCUGGAGUAUUUCAUUCAGAAUGGUAUCAUUGAUGACACACCACUUUCUAUUGCCAAGUUUAUUCACAACACCAACAAGCUGGACAGGUAUCAAGUCAGGCAGCUACUCACUAAAAGACAAGACAUACUUCAGCAGCUAGUUUAUCUUGAUGACUACAAGCAGAAGUUGCUGCCCAACGCCCUGCGGACAUUCUUCUCCAACAUCCAGUCGCCUGGGGAAAAUGGCCACCAGCUGCAGAAACUCCUGGAGAUCUUUGCUGAGCGCUUUGUCAGCUGCAACCCAGAGUGCGGCCUGUCCAAAGAUGGGAUCUGCAUCCUGUGUUACUCCUUGAUCCUCCUGUCUGUUGACCUGACAAGCCCUCAUGUCAAAAACAAGAUGUCCAAGCGAGAGUUCAUCCGCAAUGUGCGGAACGCCACACGGGAAGCUAACGAUGAGCUCUCUGGUCAUCUCUAUGACAACAUCUACCUUGUGGGUCACAUUGCACCUCAGAGAUGGUAGCUGCCCUCAGAGAUAGGUGGAGGUCAAUUUGUAGAUAUUAAAAAUGUAUGAUAGAAAAUUAUCUGUGUUUUACCUUUUGUGGGAUGUUCUAUUGAUUUUUGACUUGAUGCUGCAUCAGCAAAAUAUUCAUCUAUUAAUGGCAGAGAUGCUUGUUAUAAGUUCUUAUUUUUCUUGUGAUGUAAGUCGUCCACUUUGGAAAAAAGUGAAAUUCCUACAGAGAUAGGAAGUUUCAUAAUGGAUGUUAUUUCUGCAAAAGAUUUCUUAUAUAUAUGCAAAGUAAAAUACAGCUUUUAUCUACGGGGUUUCAUCCUUCCUACUUUCCACCCAAUGAGUGUGAAACUCUCACAUCAGUAAAAUGAUUUCAGUGAUCACAUUCUAUCGUAAGAAACUACCAUCUGUAUCCAGGUGUAGGGAAGUUGUGUUGUCAAGUGACACAUCAGAAUCAACAUGUGACUCCUGCCAGACUACUUUCAACCAAGAACAGAGCUAUCUUAGAUGCCUUCAUGGUAAAGAUUUGAGAGCUUUGUUGCAAUAAGAUGCCCUGCAAACGUUGAUUGAUUACCAUUUGUCGACGGACGUGCCUCACCUUGCUUGAUCCCUAGAGGCUCCCAAAGUCUUUGUGCAACAAAAUUGAUGAGUUUUGGUUGAAGAUAAUGACCAAGAAGAGAUAGCACAAAGAGCGGAGUUGACCAUAUGAGACUACCCAGAAGAUCCUGGGGCUUGCCUAGUUAUCUUUAAAUCAACACCUAAUGGUGCUUUAUCUCAUCAAUGUUGCAACAACACUGUCGCUUUUUCCAAAAUUUGUUUAUUUAGCAUAGGAAAAGCUUUGACACUUUUAGCAAAAAGUGUCAAGAAAUUCAGUCAUAUAUCCUGAAAAAUUUACGCUCUUUGAACGUUCCACUGAAAAAGUUACCAAUAUAAAUUGAAGAAAAAAGGGUCCAGAAUUUAUGAUGCCAGUGUCCAUGAGGCAUUCCUGUCUGCUUUCAUUUGUAGAAAGGUCGGCAAAGAUCCUGUAAUAUAUUAAAUUGUUUGGCAACAUUGCCGAGUGUGUUAAGUAAUUUAUUGAGCCCUGGCACGUGUAAGACGCGUGUACUGUAUAUUUUUAAACUUGUAAAGAAUGUCUUUACAAGCCUUCCGAAAGUCUUGCAAAUGUUUCUGUUCACCAAGCUGGUUGAUUACCCAUGGACAAAAUGUUAGGAGCCUGCUCUGUUAAAAUGUUUAGAAAGUCCAGUUUAGAUGCCUGCAUCUAUCUCUGUUUGGCUUCUUGUUAAAGUAAUGGCAUUGUUUUCUUCAUAGCCCAGAGACAAGUUUUUCAAACGAGUGCUGCUGAAAUCGACGCUUUACAGUUAUUUCAUUCCAUUUGAGUAGUCUGGUAUCAGAAGAUCUGAAGUCAGAACCAUUUUAAAAAAGCAAUCGGAGAUGGCAAGUAAACGGCCCCCACACCUACCACCCCCCCCAAAAAAAAGAAUAAAAAUGGGCAGGUUCUCAAAUUAGUAAUGUUGCUUGAAUAAGUCAUUCGAGAUCAGCCCAAUGUAAAUGUAGUGGUCCCUGAAACCACCUAUUGAACAGGAUUUGUCACCAUUAUCACUUUAAAAAAUUCUAGUAAUUAAUUUUAGAGGUCUUUUUUCAACAACUAAAAGGAAAUUUAUUGGAAUUGUAAUUGCAGUAGUUUCGUUUGUUACUGCACAAAACACAAGCAGCUGCAUUUUGUUUGAAUUUGAUAAAUACAGUGUACAUGGUGAUAUUUCUACGACCUUUGACCACAUCGAGCAAAAUUUUAUAUGCACCGUUAACUUUGUGUUCAUUUGUUUUAAAUGUAAAUAAAUUUGUAAGAGUGCUUAUCAAGCCUACAUUUUAUUGUUGUCAUGAAAAAGGAUAGGGAAACACUUUAUGAAAGGUUUAUUUUUUAAAUUGCAAUAUUAAAAGUUAAAACAGUUGUUAAUCGUUGCCUCAGGUUUAUCAUAAGUUCAGUUUCUUUGAAUGGCAAAGUGGUCACUAUUCCCCCCUUAACUUUCUUUUUCCAGUUUCCUAUUAGUUUAGGCAACAAUAUCAAUUCACUUCUUCUUUGAGCAGAUUGAUUAACUUGGAUGGGCAUACGAAGAAAUGUUUGAAGGAUGUAGUGUUGAUACAUUUCGCUCUUACCUGUCAGCAGGUGAUUGUGCUUAACAUAAUUUUUCAAAAUCUCUACCGACACUCGUUCAUUUGCAACGAAAAGUAUGUUGAAUGGAGUACGAUAAUGAAAAGAUGCAUCGCUCAAAAUGACUGCUUCAUUUGAAACAACAGAAUGCACGUGUAUUCAUAUUUCUUAACUCUUAAAGCUGCCUCUUAUUUUAGGAUUUUUUCAUCUGCCGCGGUAACCUUUAUUUGAUACUCUGUAACAUAUAUGUGUGUUUGUAGAUGACAGGAAAGUAUGUUCGUUCAUCUGUGCAGCUUCGUAGGUAACCUCGUUAACUGGAACUCGGCGGUCAGAAGCGGACACCAAAUGGUCCGUUUUGGGGAUACAUUAAGGCUUUAUUCUGACAUGACUUUCAGCGUCAAUUGAUCUUGUUAAAGCUUUUUAAAAAUCUCAUAUUAUCAUGUACUGGUACCUCUAUUGUCUGGCAUUAUUUUAUACCUUUUAAUGUCCACAUUGGGAUGGGCGGUUUUGAAACUUAAGAUAUGGAUUGUCAAGUACAUGCUUCAAUAACGUGUCUUUUUAUGGAAGGGAAUGUUUAUAUUGAUUAAAAUAUCAUCCAGCGAACACAUGACUUGAUUAUUUUU